CCAGCCAUGGAGCCGGAGUGCUACCAGUUGAAAUGGCAUAGCUUCGAGGCGCACAUGCAGGCGUGCGUGGCCACGCUGCUGCACUCGGAGACCUUCGCCGACGUGGUGCUCAGCACGGUGGACGGCAGGCACAUCUCCGGCCACCGGUUCGUCCUGGCCGCCAGCUCCACCUACCUCCAGCAGAGGCUGCUCGGGGCCGGCUCCAUGGUGGCGCACAGCCACCUGCCCGUGGUGGUGAUCCUGCCGCCGGAGGUGUCCUACCACGCGCUGUGCGUGCUCAUCAAGUACAUGUACAGCGGCGAGGCCACCGUCCCCAACUCGCAGCUGAGCGCCGUGCUGCGCGCGGGCGACAUCCUCAAGGUGCGCGGGCUGUGGCGGCCCGGCGGCAACAACGGCGCGCCGGGCGGCCAGCGCCCCGAGCCGCGCGCCGAGGGGCGGCCGCACCACCUCGUGCAGGCCAUGCAGAGCUACAUGCGCCGGACCCAGCCGCGCGCCGAGCCGCGCACCGAGCCCCGCCAGGAGUACGCCUCCGCCUCGGGGCUGGGCGUGCACAGGCACUUCAUGGACCCGGCCGCGGUGCCGGCGGCGGCGCACCCGGCCGGCACCGGGGCCGACCCCGACACCCGGGCGAGCCGGGUGGGGCGCGAGGUCGGCCACGAGGACCCCGCCGUGACGCCUCCCCGGCCCCGCGGCCCCGGCCGGCCGCCCCUGCACGCGUCGCGCAUCGCGGCCCGCCGCGGCGUCAAGGACUACCGCGACUGCAAGGACGAGCUCAAGGCCCGGCGCAGGGAGGCGCGCCGCCGGGAGCGCAUCCACCUGCUCGCCCAGCGGGCCGCCAACUCCGCCAGGGCGUCAGCCAAGCCCGCCCGGGACACGAGGCAGGUCCCGGACACCCGGGACGACAACGACAGCAUGGACACGGGCCCGGCCGACCCGCCCCCUUCCAACGGCCUGCCGUCCACAGACGAGCACCACCAGGCCGACGAUGAUGGCCUGAAGCGCGAGGCCGACACUAGCAGGCACGAGGGGGGCAGGUCCUCCCCCGUAGCUCACCGAACCACCUCGCCGAAGCACGACGAUGUCGACCCUCUGAGGACGGUGGACGAGGGAGGGGUCGCGGACGACAAGGACAAGAGAUCUCGUGGAAGCGAGAGCGAGAACGACCUGGCCGACACCCGCACCAUCCUGGACGGCAUCGGCGCCCUUGCCAACCUUGCUGUCGGUGAGAUGAGGAUCAAGGAAGAGCCUAUCGAGUGGGACAUGGAGUCCGAAGUCCGAGAGGCCCUCAUGGAAGACGUGCCGGCGGAGCUCCGCGUCAAACCGGAGGUGGUUGAGCCGCAGGAGCAAAGCGAGGAGCUGCUGUUCUCACCGCUGUCGUGCGAGAUCUGCCACGUGACCUUCUACUCGCCGGCCGAGUGGGUGCGCCACGCGGAGCAGGAGCACAGCGAGAUGCGGCGGCGGCCGCGGAGGAGAACGCCCAAAGGACGCCAGUCUUCGCACGAUUCCGACCGUUCCGCGGUCUCCGCCAGCACGUCAAGCGAGAGGACGACCGCGGGCACUCCCGGGCCCGGGUCCGCGGCCUCCUGCUCGGGGUCCACGUCGGGCGCGGCGACGCCGGCCUCGGCCGCCUCUUCGAGCGCGCCCGCGUCGGCGGGGUCCCUGACGCCGGGGACGGCGGCGCGUCCGGGGCCGUCACCCGCGGCAGGCGCCACGGCCGGCGCCGCGGCCGGCGCCGGCCAGCAGACGGGGCCUUACGCGCAGCUCGUGUGCGACGUGUGCAAGGAGACCUUCGCGUCGCCGGCGCUGUGGGCGCGCCACCUGCAGACCUCGCACACGGACGAGGAGCUGGCCGUGCAUAACCGCGCCAACGCCAGGCCGCCGACGACGCCGGGGCCGCCCGCGCUGCGCCCGCAGACGCCCGUGCCCCGGACACCCGGGCUUCGGCCACUCGCGCCCCGGCCGACGGGCGGAGGCCACGCGCGGCCAGCUGCGGCCGCUCAGCAGCACCCCACCGCCGGCAAGCAGCUCUCGUCCGCGCUGAAGCGGUGCGGCCUCUGCCCCAAGUCGUUCCUGUCCAAGGCCUCGCUGCAGAUCCACCGGCGGACGCACACGGGCGAGCGGCCCUUCGUCUGCCACCUGUGCGGCUACGGCUUCAGCGUCAAGAGCAACCUGGUGCGGCACGUCCGCACGCUGCACGGCGCCAACGGGCGCGAGGAGGGCGGCGACGACGAGGGUCUGCUGCUCGGCCACGAGGAGCUGCUGGAGCAGGAGGACGAGGAGGAGCAGCUGCCUCUCACCCCGCCCGACGACACCCGCGACAGCUCCAACAGCGGCGCGGAGUAGCGGCGCCGCGGCCGACCCUACACCCUGCGGCAGCCCUGCGGCGCCAGGGGUACGUCCACCCCAACCCCAACUCACUCUUCCCACCACCCUUCCUCUCCUGACCCUCCCUACCACGAGUGCGAAACAGCGCGUUGAAGCGAUGUCGAGGUGUCGACGACGGUGUCGUCCAGAUAUCGCUCCGGCGUCCCAUCGACGGUCAAUUAUUUCUGACCAGGUCUUUAUCUCUCCGGUAAUAGUGCAGUACCAGGGUGGAUGGGUAAUUGAACCCACCCACUUUCAAUGAUACGAUGUACCGUAUGCAGGCGUCGCUCGGGCGCUUCGGUUGAAUAGGCAACCCACCGUGCACGUGCGUAGGCGUUACAGUGUAAGUUCGAAAGUCCACUUGGUACAGCGCGCUGCCUGCCUUGACGUUGCUCAGAGACUUGUGAGUUUACACAAGUGUAUGCAGUUCGCAAAGGCUGAGCCCUUCCCAGCGGCUAUUAUUUAGCCGCUACUUUUUCUAACUAUUAAUUAUUGCCACUCCUGGUGGCGUAUCCUUUUUAUUCUAUUUACUUCCGGUGGAAAGAUUGUUUCAAUUUAAUGAAGUAAUGUGUGCUCUCGCUAAAUCGUUAAGGGCUUAUUGCUGAUUUUGAAAAUGUGAUUUGUAUUUGGUUUCUUGCCGUCCUCCAGUUUACCGUUCGUAUUGUUAUGAAAAUUAAGAUUUUUGCCGGUUUAUUUAUUACGGCCGAAGUUUGUAUACCUUAGGUACGCAGAUAGCUGUUAAUGAUAAAUGUCGCAGUUCUUUGGGGUUUGUUUCUUUCGUUCAGGAGCGAAAACUAUCUGACGGAAGAAACCUAAACUUCAGUGAACUCAGCAAA